GCAGAAGAAGAAGCUGCUGAUAUAGGAUGCAUAUUCGGACAAGAAUCUCAGCACUGCCUCUCUUUCUCCCCUUCCGAGCGAGGUGUCAUUUCCUUCCUCACAACCCUUCUCCCUGGAUUCGCAAGUCAUCAUUUUCACCUCAUUUGCAACCCUGUAGUAGAAAGCUGAGAAGGGCUUUUCCAAAGAACAUGGCCUGUGGUUUGGAUAACAAGACAGGAACUGGUUUAGUUCGCCCUGCAACAGAUGCUUACGCACCUGAGGCUGUUGAAGCUUUGAGAGAUGGCAAGGUUAUUGCGGUCCCCACUGACACACUCUAUGGAUUUGCUUGUGAUGCUUGCUCGUUGGAAGCAGUUAAUAGGAUUUAUGAGAUCAAGGGUCGAAAACAUACAAGCCCUCUGGCUAUCUGUGUUGGAGAUGUAUCAGACAUAUAUCGUUUUGCCGUGACUGACCACUUGCCACAUGGCCUGCUUGAUUCCCUCCUUCCGGGGCCUGUUACAGUUGUAUUAAGUCGAGGCGAUUCAAGUGUUCUUGAACGAUCUUUGAACCCGGGAUUUGAUAGUAUAGGAGUUAGAGUGCCUGAUAGCAAUUUCAUUAGAGUCAUUGCUCGCGGUUCAGGAACUGCCUUAGCACUUACAAGUGCAAACCUUAGUGGACAGUCAAGUAGUGUUUGCAUCAGAGAUUUUGAGAAUCUUUGGGAGCAUUGUGCUUUUGUGUAUGAUGGUGGUGUGCUUCCAUCAGGUCGAGCAGGUUCAACAGUUGUGGACCUCACUACACCACACAAAUACAAGAUACUGAGACCUGGAAGCGCAAAGGAAGAGACAGUUGCCAUCUUGGAAAAGCAUUCUUUAGUCGAAUCAGCUGCCCGGUAAAUAAGGGGUGAUCAUAUUAAAUUGUUUAUUUGUAUGCAAUACCACGUUCAAGGCCUCAAUUGUAUUUGCUUGGACAUGUGAGAAAUUAUGACCAAACACAGCUCGCAUAUGGCAUCUUUUGAACAAAUAUAUAGCAUUGGCACCUAUUCUAUU